CCCCCCGUCGACUACCUCUUUUUGUCAGUAUAUCCUUCUUAAUUUUCAAAAUCUUCCAAACGCUCGACCUUUUUUCUGGGCUUCUUAUUCUUAUUGUUUUUCGGUUUUUUUUUUCCUUACCAGCAAGAGGACAACGAUUUUCGUACCAGGAAGAAGGAAGAAUCUCGCGAAAUCAUAAGGUCAAGGUUUCGGUUCGAGUAAUCGAAGCCGUUGAAGUUGAAAUUGAUGGAGAUCAGCGGUGGGACAGAGGGCUUGAAUCGCGUUCCUUUGUCAGAAGUUGUUUCUGAUUGCGUCAAAAGAUGGUUUAAGGACACUUUGAAGGAGGCCAAAGCCGGCGACAUCAACAUGCAGGUCUUGGUGGGUCAAAUGUAUUAUAGCGGUUAUGGGGUUCCUCGAGAUGCUCAGAAGGGAAGAAUUUGGAUGACAAAAGCAUCAAGAAGUCGAUCUUCCGUCUGGAAAGUUAGUGAUAAACAUCCAGGUUAUAAUGCUAGUGAUUCAGAUUCAGAUGAAUUGACUCGCGAUUCUUAACUACACCAGUAUGGCUGAUUCCUCUAUGUCAUGUCAAAACAACCACUGGAUGUGGUUUUCACUGUGGAGACUCUACUUGCUCAGCUAUCUUUGAAGCUCUUUGCAUACUUGCUUCCUGAUUGUUGGAUUUGACGGAUGUAAUAUGCUUUUAUUUUACCUUUACAAACAAUUAGUCGCACUUUCCUGUGGUCAAAUCAGCUAAAUCUUAUAUUCGUUUUUCAUUUUCUGUUUAGGUUACCACUUUUCGUUGCCUGCAGGAGUUUUUCUUUUGAUUUUUGCAUACAUGUCAAAUUUUGAACUUUUUUUUUAGUUGCUAUCUCAAAUUCUCCCCUAUUUAGAACA